GCAAAAGCCUCCUCCCGUUUUCUCAAUUUUCUCAUCCCCUCGACAAGGCGAGACGAGACGCCGCGCCGCGCCGCGCCGCCGCGAUGCAGCUCCGGCGCCGCCUCCUUGGCCUCUCCGGUGAGGUCUCCGGCCGCCUCCGCCGCUCCCUCUCCACGGGCCCCUCGCGCCCUCAGUGGGCGAUGGUGAACACCGUGACGCCGCUCCCCAAGCCGAACGUGCCGCUGGAGACGCGCGCGACGUUCCGCCUCGCCGAGCCCCCGCUCGCCUCCGAGCUCGUCGUCCCCUACGGCGCCCUCUGGCGCCGCCCCAGCGGGCCUGCAGCCGGCCUGGAGGGAGAGAUCCGGCGGUACGGCCCGAGGUACACCGCGAACAGCGACGGCCUCCUCCUGCUCCGCGUCGUCGACGAGGUAGCCAAGCUGACCGGCCAAGCCGCGACGAACAUGUUCGACAACCGCGGCGAUCCUUCUUGGUUUGUGCAGUCCGGCAUCAGGUACGACUUCGACAAGGUCGUCGCCCGCGUCGUGUGCAACCCUCUCAGCGGCGAGGUUCUCCGUCUCCCCGACGGCGGUCUGGCUCGGCAGGCGUACGCCGGCUUCCUCACCCAAUCGGACAGCGGGGGCGGGCCGCCUGAUCGAUUCGCCGUGGUCGAGUUCAUCGGCAAGGACCUCCCCAUUCAUCGCUUCCUCUCGGAGACGGGGAGAUGGGACGCGCUGCCGGACUACCUGUUCGGGUGCGGGCUCACGAGGCCGCGCAAGGUUAUAGUCGACCACCCGGUGGUCGCCGCCGGCGGCCGGCUGUGGUGGCUCGACAUGACCUGGGGCGCCGUCCACGUCGACCCGUUCAGCCAUGACCCAGACUUCCGCUUCCUCGAGCUGCCGAUCGGCAGCGUGCUGCUCAAUCCCGAGGCGACAAACCCCGAGUGGCGACACAAGCUGAGGCUGGGCGACUACCGGAGAAUGGGGGUCAGUGAGGGGCGGCUGCGUUACACCGAGCUGUCCUGGGACGAGCCGUUCGUGCUCAGCUCCUUCGCGCUCGACGGUGACACCGUCGAGGGCAGCGGCUGGAAGUGGACGCUGGAGCAUCGCGUGGAGCUCAGCCAGAUCUGGGGCGACGGAGGCUACCCGUGGCUGCCAUUCCGGGGCACCAAGCCGUGCGUUGGUUUCCUCGACCCGCUGAACGCCCAUGUCGCCUAUCCCACGGUCGGCGAUCACGUCAUCGGCGUCGACAUGGAGAGAGGGGUGGUGAUUGGGAGUAGUCUAGUGGAAGAUCCCUCCGAGCUCAUGCCUUGCGUUCUCCCUUCGUGGCUUGGGUCAUGCCAGAUCCCACCUUCAGGCAAGGACAAUGCGAAAAAUAAGACGUUGGGUGACAUUCUGGUUCGUUCAGGCAGUGACAAGAAGUAGUUAAUUUAUCAGGUUUUGUUAACCUAACACAUGCAAGUGUUCUGAUGAAUUAGGAUGCUGAUGGUGGUAAUUGCCGAACUCUUUUUGGUGGGGUUUGGAGAAGUUUUGUUGGUUGGUCUUUACUGAUGAAAUUCUGGGAGUUGUCAUUUUGGGGCUUUGCUGCAGACUUGUUGGUCAUUCCAGUAGAACGAUUGGAUUCCAUCAGCAUGUACUAAUGGUUAUCACAAAAACAACUUGCUUGCUAUGCUUGUCUGCAGUGCUCCUAUGCACAAGUCAAUGCAUGCGUACAGAAAUUCAGUUAUGUAACUAGUGAAUUUGUGAGAGAUCUUAUUAUUAUGGCUAUGGAAAGCGUGAUGUUUAUGUGCAAA